AUGCACUCCAACACCGUCCGCAGGCCAGCAGAUGCGUUGUCACUUCUCGUCACCAACAUCGGUCCAUCCGACGCAUCGCUGGCCGCCGUCGUCGUCUUUCUGGACGCGCCCGCUGGCUCUAGGUCCAACUUCGACGCAAUCCGCUUCCGAUCGGAUCAAUACUCUACGCAGUCGGUCGGCAGGCCCGACUCAAGGCCCUGCGGCAUUCCCACGCCACCGCACAGCGAACCGACAAUCAGUCUGAGCGGAAGCGACGGACGCGCCCGCAAGGACCCGAACGACGCGCUGCUCCGCGUUGAGGUACCGUCCAGCCGCAAAUCCGUCUCGUCGCAGCACCUGCAGCCGCGUCACACCCGCCUGACGUCUGCUGAGUCGCGCUCUCCCUCUGUCGCCUCCUCCCACACCACCACCACCAACACCGACGGGAGCGCCACCCUGGCUGCCACCAGUCCGCAGCAGCCUGGUAGCGGCACAUUCCGAACUCACCUAUCGCGCAUCCAUCCGACGAUGACGAACGACUCGGACGCCAUGUCUUCCGCACGCCUUAAUGGGUCCAACGCACCCGUCUUGGACGACACAGACGAUAGAACCCGCUCGGCCUCCAGGCAGUCCAGCACGUCUCCACACGCCCCUCGCGCCUCCUCCUCCCUGUCUGCACGCGCCGACUCUGUCAACUCGCCCGGCGAGAGGAGACCGCAUCGAAGCGACAUGCAUCUGCGCGAUGUCACGCAGAUCCGCUCCGAGUCCCGCAUGGCUUUUGAUCGCGGCGACAAUGACGGCCCCGCCGGUCACGACGACGAAGCAGACCAAAGGCAUCCUUUCCCGCGCACCACACCUCACAAGUACUCUCCGCGCAAAUCCACCUCUCUCUCCGUCGCUUCCUCUCGCUUCGACGACGCCGAAGCACACGGACUUGAGCAGGCAAGGUCCGGGUCGCGCACCCACACGCGCCGAGACGGUGCUGCCUCGCCUUCCACGCCAUUCUCGGCCAGAUCCUCGCGCUACGCCGAUAUCGGUGACACUUCGUCCGGCUCAGUCAGGAGACUGGCCAGGACGUCGGGACGCGCCUCAGCACGACGCUCCCUUGACGAUCGAGCGUCGCCGAGCCUGGCGUCUUCGAGUCGCAGCCCUAUGCCUGCCGAGUUCCGUUUGCCAGACAAGGAGAUCCGCCGAGCCUACCGUGCUGCACACCAGCGCCAAACCAGCGAGCCAGACGACUCGGCUGGGAGCGAAGAGCGCGAAGAGUUGGUCUCUGACGCCAAAUCCUCCCGAGAGUCUCAAGGCGGUUCUGUGCCGCACAGUCCUCUUUCCACAAGACGUGACAGCUUGAACGAGAUUCGCGAGGAAGGCGCGGCACCACGCACGCAUGCGUACACAUCACCCAGACGUCGGCGAUACGCUUCGGAUGCGGCGGCUGAAGAAGCCUCGCCGGCGGACUACGAGGGACGUCUCGGCACUCAACGCAGCCGCAUUUCGGUCGACUCCGGCUCGGCACAACGCUACCUCCACCGCGCAUCCCAGCACAGCACGCCAUCCAGCUCCGCGCGUCGCACGCCGCAUCCUUCUGAUAUGGGCUCGCCCAGCGAAGAGGCUCGCGCGCGCAAACUCUCCUCCACCUCCUCCAACCGCUCCCAGAAGUCGUCGAGCAGCGCAUCGGAGCUGCAUCGCGCCGCCUCUCGCGUCGGUAUGCGCCGACAACACGGCCCCGACCUCUUCUCCGACGAUGCGCCUAGCCCAGCAACGGCAGCGGGAGGCGCGCGCGCGUACAGUCCAUCAAUCAAAACCGAGGCUUCCUCCUCCUUGACCACCUCCUCUGACCGGUCGAGAGCAUUGUACAGUCAUCAUAAGCGCGCGGACGACGCAGCUAUGGACACACUCCGUCACCAGAUUGGGAACCUGGCUGUCGGGCGUGGAGGUCCCGUCUUUGCCAAGCGCCCGCCCGCAUCUGCCUCGAUGCGAGCUCACGCGCAGCUGGCUCCCGCACGGUCGUCGCUGGAUCUCAGGUCGCCGCCGUUGGGCUCGGUACGCGCCCAGUCGGUGCUCGGCCUGCACAGGUCGCCGGUUGACGCUCUCCGAUCUCCGUACCUGCCACAGCAUCCUUCAACAGACCCUCAGCCGUCUCGCUAUGAUCGCUCCUGGCCCUCGGCCGAUCCGGCCCAUUCGUCCGACACGGCUCAGCGCCUCCACGACCUCGUCGCUCUACGCGCCGCCACGAGUCAGCGUCUUGGCGUACCACAACGAAGCGCAACGGCUAUGGGUACGGCUCACGAGAACCAUUUUGCAGGGGAUAGACAUGCACCACAAGUGGAAGAGCCGGCACCGAUCCGCAACCUCGCCGUCCGUCUAGCUCAGUACGAGGCGCUUUACAACAAGGCGCCGGUCGACGCAGAAGCAGGAAUCGCGGCAGGGCCCCACACCACUCGAACGGUAGAGCUGCUCGGGGCGAUUGUCAGAGGCACAUCUACGAUGUGGGCCGAGCUGUCGGCGUUGCACCCGAUCGCCACUGAACAGCACCUGCUUGGCCAGCCGGGAGACGGAGCUACCGAGGCAUUCGGCCAGCUGGACGAAGGGCUGGCAUUUGUCAACAAGCUCGUCCUCGAGCAGGCGCGCGCCAUCCAGGACCUGCUCUUCUUGCUCGAUCGCACGGAAAAAGGGCGCCAGGCACAGUUCAAUCAGGCGCUCGUCGAGAUCGGACACUCUCCGCGUCCAUUCUCGCGCAUCGGCGCUGGAGUUGCUGAAGCAGGUUCGGAUGCACAUCUGCUGCGUCGAGCAAAGUCUUCGAUGCGGCCAGGUUCGAGUCUGCAUACCGACUCGCCUUCCCUGCAGGCCAAGUCUUCCCGCGGGACGGGCAGUGCAGAGCGCGGCAACAUGCUGACCGCGUCGCAGAUCCGGUCGAUGACGUCGCUGGGACAUUCGACGAACCAUGCCAGGUCAACGUCCGAGCUGUCGCCGUCUUCCGCAGCGGCACAGCGGCGCGUGGAACGUCUUCAGCUGCCGAAGGAAGGGUCGCAGGACUCGCCGCUGGCGUCCAGACGCAGUACCAUCGGCCGGCCAUUCCCUGCGAGUGAAGCGCCGCAGAUGGCACCAGGAGCAAGUGCAGGCGCUACUGGCACUACCCGAGCGCCGCUGGCAUUCACGCCGCGCCGACCGCGACUGAGCAAUCCUUCGAUCUCGAAUGCCACUGCCUCGGGUCAGCCGGCAUCGGCGGCAUCCACCGCGUCGGCGUCGAGCGUCGAAGCCUCGAGCCCAGAGGCGCUGGGCAAUGGCGUGCGCCUCCCAUCGCAGACCGAGAGCGACGGCAGCACCAUUGGCGAGCUGGGUCUGAACGGCGUCACCGACGAGUUUGGCCGCAUCGCGAGCGGUGACGCUCUCUCGCCGAGCCAGGAGACGGUGCGACUCGGCUCAGAGCUGCGGACGGAUCGGGUGCAUGGUACGCGCGGCUCGCGCAUCGUCGACGCACUCGCGUCUCAGCUCGACACGCUGCGGCCCGGCGACGGCGUCCCACAGCGGCGCCACACGAUGAUGCAUACCGAGUCUGCCGAUCCCAGCACAUCACUCUCGAAGCCGCAGCCGCCUCCGCGACCGCCUCGCCACAUCAAGCGGCCGUCGGAGGAGCAACUUGGGUCGCCGGCGCGCCGCUCGGUGCUCGAAGACAUGGGCACCCCGCGCCAGACCCCGCGCUACCAGACGCAGGACGCGCACGACACCUCGGUCGUCGGAAGCAUCGGCAGCAUCGGCCGCUUUGCCUCGCGUCGUCUCAGUCGCGCACUCGGCUCAGCCGAUGCCUAG